GGGGCGUCCCUCACAUAUAAGGCUUCGCAGCCACGACUCCCAAGACCCCCGCACCCCUAUCGAAGGCCACGUUUUCCCCGAGGAUGUCCUGGCUCCUUCCGCAGUUUCUGUCCCAAACCGUGAUCCCGGCGCUCCUUCUCCUUCCCCAGGCACUGCCGGCCGGGGUCUUCGAGCUGCAGAUCCACUCUUUCGGACGGGGACCAGGCCCAGGAACUUCACGGUCCCCCUGCAGCGCCCGGGGCCCUUGCCGCCUGUUCUUCAGGAUCUGCCUGAAGCUGGGGGUCUCAGAGGAGGCCGCGGAGGCUCCGUGCGCCCUGGGCGCGGCGCUGAGAGCGCGCGGACCUUUCCAUGCCGAGCGGCCCGGAGCCCCCGCCGCCGCCCUGCCGCUGCCCGACAACCUCCUGCGCGUGCCCUUCCGCGAUGCCUGGCCGGGCACCUUCUCCUUCAUCAUUGAAACCUGGAGAGAACAGCUGGGAGACCAAGCUGAAGGCCCGGCCUGGGGCUUGCUGGCACGCGUGGCCGGCCGGCGGCGCCUGGCCGCAGGGGCUCCGUGGGCCCGGGACGUCCAGCGCGCAGGUGCCUGGGAGCUGCGCUUCUCUCACCGCGCCCGCUGCGAGCCGCCCGCCGGAGGGGCCGCGUGCGCGCGCAUGUGCCGCUCGCGCAGCGCCCCCUCGCGGUGCGGCCCGGGACUGCGCCCCUGCGCGCCCCCCGAGGACGCUUGCGAGGAACCGCCAGCAUGUCGAGCAGGCUGCAGCCCUGAGCACGGCUUCUGUGAGCAGCCUGAUGAGUGCCAGUGCCGGGAGGGCUGGACUGGGCCCCUCUGCACGCUGCCUGUCUCCACUAGCAGCUGUCUGAACUCCAGAGCUCCCGCCUCAGCCAGCACUGGAUGCCUUGCUCCUGGGCCAGGGCCCUGUGACGGGAACCCCUGUGCCAACGGAGGCAGCUGCAGCGAAACAGCCAGCUCCUUCGAGUGCGCCUGUCCUCAAGGAUUCUAUGGGCUGCGUUGUGAGGUGAGCGGAGUGACAUGUGCGGACGGACCCUGCUUCAAUGGCGGCUUGUGUGUCGGGGGUGAAGAUCCUGAUUCUGCCUACGUCUGCCACUGCCCACCUGGUUUCCAAGGCUCCAACUGUGAGAAGAGGGUGGAUCGGUGCAGCCUGCAGCCAUGUCAGAACGGCGGCCUCUGCCUGGACCUGGGCCACGCCCUGCGCUGCCGCUGCCGCCCGGGCUUCGCGGGCGCCCGCUGCGAACACGACCUGGACGACUGCGCGGGCCGUGCCUGCGCCAACGGUGGCACGUGCGUGGAGGGCGGGGGCGCGCGCCGCUGCUCGUGCGCGCUGGGCUUCGGCGGCCGCGACUGCCGGGAGCGCGCCGACCCGUGCGCCGCCCGCCCCUGCGCGCACGGCGGCCGCUGCUACGCCCACUUCUCGGGCCUCGUGUGCGCCUGCGCGCCCGGCUUCAUGGGCCCGCGGUGCGAGUUCGCGGCGCGCGCGGAGGGCGCGGGCGGGUCGCCCGAGGCCGCGUCGGAGACGGGGCCAGGCGGCGCGCGGCGCUCCUUCCUGCCUCCCGCCCUGGGGCUGCUGCUGGCCGCGGGCCUGGCCGGCGCCGCGCUCGUGCUGGUCCACGUGCGCCGCCGAGGCACCGGCGCCGCCGACGCUGCGUCCCGCCUCCUGGCCGGGACCCCGGAGCCCGCGUCGCAUGCGCUCCCCCGCGACGCUCCCAACAACCUAAGGGGCCCCGAGGGGUGCAGGGAUGGCCCGAGUUCACCUGUAGAUUGGAAUUGCCCUGAAGAUGAAAAAUCUCCAGCAUUAUCCUCAGGGAGAGCCAACGAAUAA